AUGUCAACGCAGAAGAACAAGUACUCGGUCCUGCUGCCCACCUACAACGAGCGCCGCAACCUUCCCAUCGUUGUAUGGCUUCUCAAUCAGACGUUCACUGAGCACAAGCUCGACUGGGAAGUCAUAAUCGUCGACGACGGCUCCCCCGAUGGAACCCAAGAAAUCGCCAAACAACUCAUCAAAGCCUACGGUCCCUCUCAUAUCAAACUGCAGCCCCGCGCCGGCAAGCUUGGUCUUGGAACAGCCUACGUCCACGGACUGCAAUUCGCGACUGGCAACUUCGUAAUCAUCAUGGAUGCGGACUUCUCCCAUCAUCCAAAGUUCCUCCCACAAAUGAUCAAGAAGCAGGCAGAGGGGAACUACGACAUCGUAACAGGAACACGGUAUGCCGGAGACGGAGGCGUUUACGGAUGGGAUCUCAAGAGAAAGAUGGUGUCAAGAGGAGCAAACCUUUUCGCGGACACAGUGUUGAGGCCGGGGGUCAGCGAUCUGACUGGAUCUUUCCGGUUGUACAAGAAGGCGGUCCUGCAGGAGGUUAUGAACAGGACAGAAUCAAAGGGGUACACAUUUCAGAUGGAGAUGAUGGUGAGGGCGAAGGGCAUGGGGUUCAAGGUUGCAGAGGUGCCUAUCUCGUUUGUGGACAGAGUGUAUGGGGAGAGUAAAUUGGGAGGAGAGGAGAUUGUGGAGUACCUCAAGGGUGUGCUCAGUCUUUGGGUUAAGGUAUGA